AUGCUUCGAACUACAUCGCACCAACCGGACCUACACGCAAAGGGAUUUUCCCGCACAGCACGAAGUCCGCGCGACAACUUUGCGAAAGCGCGCGUGGAGAAAUGGAUAGACUCCGGCAUGUCACUUUGGACCACCUUGAAAGCAACGACAGGUGAUGAGACGGACUUCGCGUCCAUGUUUCAUACCCUGCUUCAUUACAAAAUUGUUCUUGGAGCUGCGCCAUCCGCUGUUAACGCCAACUGCCCCGCCACUCCGACCAAUUCCCCCGCCAUUGCCGCCGCCGCUGCACGAAACGCCGUCACCACAGCCUCCACAGCAGCCAUCGCGAACGGAGGCGGCGGCGGCCUGAAGGCAAUGGUCCUGUGUCCUUUGGCAUUCGCUGCUCUUCUGCUCGUCCUUGCUGCGUCGUACUACGUCAAGGCCAUCAUCGGGUCAGCCGUCGAGCUGGCGCGUGAUGUGCUGCUGCAGGCAGCCCCCAGGCGGCAGCAGAGAGCUCGUCACGAGGGAAGGGAAAAUCCGUGGCGCGCGGUCAGCACAGUACGGCGGUUCGUGCAGGUCUCGGCGGCGUCGACGGCGUCGACGGCGGAGGCGGUAACGUGGUACCCGGCGCGGAUGCACAGCCACGGGAGAUAUGCGGACCGUCAAUGUUGUGGCCGCCUGCACCCUCGGCGUCCUCCUCGUCCUUACCCUCCUCAUUACCAGGAGAUGGCGGCAUUAUCGCUACUGCCGCAACGGCCGCUGCCGCCACCGUCGCCGCCACUGCGGUCGUCGGCGGCUGCGGAUCAUGACACGGAGUUCCCGGCGGCGAUGCAGGAACAUCUUUUACAGCUGUCGCCGCCACCGUCACCGUCAGCCUCGUCGCCGUCGGAGCAGUCAGCGCGGUUUACAAUGCGGCAACGUCUGAUGCUAUUGCCGCCGCUCGCUUCAAGCAGUGACAUCGGCGCGUUGAGCCACGGGGAGGAAGUCGCUUUGGUCCCUAUAUCAGCGUCAUCGCCGGCGUCGUCGGCGUCGGUAUCAAUACUACAGCGUCCGCAUCGCCAGGUCGCCGCCGCAGUGGCGGCGCUGCCGCCGGCGCUCCGCCUGACGCUGAAGCAGCACGACCAUCAAAUAUUUGAUGGCAACGCAGGAGGCUGCAGCCGCCGCCGUCGGGGGGCCCACCGCCGUUGCCGCCGUGGCGUCGCUACGGAGCCCGCCGCCGUUGCCGUCAACAACCCCACAGCCGUUGUUGCCGCCGGGGCUGCGUCCAAGCAUCAGCUUGACAACAGAACCAACGAGCACGGUCUCACCCGACCCACUGCCGCCGCCAUCGCCGCCAGGACACGUGUACGGCCUGGCCUCGGCGGCGGCGCUCUUUGCUUCACCACCUCCGGGAAUGGCCGCACGGGAUCUCGUUCAGCGGGUGCUGAGGCAGCAUAUGAGUGUUGCAGAACCGGGCCAGGUUUUGAAUCUGAAUCCGGAUCCGGACCUGGGUCUGCACCCUGGUGCUGGAUCCGUACGCUCUGUACGGCAAUCGCAUGCACAUGGCCUGGAUUCAACCCCGGGGUUGGCGGUAAAUGGCUCGCGGCAGAUGUUGAUGCAAAGGCAGCAGGCAGCGGCACCAGCAACGUCAUCGCCACGGCUCGGCCGGGCUGCCGGGGCUACUGCCGGGACGUCGUCGCCGCCGCCGUCGGCGCUUCCGUUGCCGACGCUGGUAGCGGCCACGCAUGCAGUCCGCGCGGCGACGCGCGGCUUGAUAGGACCGACGGCACAGCAGCCUUCUGCGGGCGGGUCGACCGCAGCGGCAGCUGUGCCUGCUGCCCCGCCGCGAGCCACGCUGGUCACGGCGGCGGUAUCGCCGCUUCUGCCACCGGCCCCGCCGUCGCCAUCGCAAAUCAAGGAAUCUUCUACCCGCCGUCCGGCUACGUCGCCGUCUACGUCAGCCAUUCCUGCAACUGCCGCCGUACGAAACCAGCGGUGCACAGCCAGGGCGGCAGCGACAGUGGUGUCGCCGGGGAUGGCGGCGACCGUUCCUUCGACGGCAGUAGCUGCCGCUUUCGGGACAACAGCAGCGGUAGUGGCAGCUUCGGACAGAUCUGGUGCUACUGCCGCGGAUAG